GAAAAAACAAAAACAAAGGAAAAACCCCAUUUACCCUUUUGUCUUUUGAUAUUCGUAAGGAAACAAGAGGAACCCAUUUUGGAGCUCUCUAGUCUCUCGACGACCCCCCAUCCAAUGGCAGAAAGCAGUAGCAGGAGCUGCAGAAAUGGAUCACCAAUAACCAGCAUAACCCAGGACCACCUCUUCACAAUCCUCCUCCUCCUCCCCAUAGAUUCAAUUCUUUCCUUUGCCAUCACAUGCAAGAGAUUCAGGGCUCUUGCCUCGUCUGACGCUCUUUGGGAAUCCAUAUGCAGGAGGGACUGGGGUCCCAACUCUGUUGAUGCUCUCAACUCUUCCAAUCUUCAUUUUCACCACCACCACCACCAGCAGCUGCCAUGGAUGAGGCUCUACAAGCAAGUCUCUCAGCUUGAUUCUCUUUCUAUCCAUAAUCUUACUUACCCAGAUACUGAAUUGGCGCUCCCAUGCCCCAGAGCUUCUCACUCUCUCAACUUUGUGUCUGACUAUCUCGUCUUGUUUGGUGGUGGGUGUGAAGGAGGACGACAUCUCGAUGACACAUGGGUGGCUUAUAUUGGUAAAGAAUUUCAGAAGAUUCUCAACUGGCAGAAGGUUAAUUCAGGCAUUCCAAGUGGGAGAUUUGGGCAUACGUGUGUUGUAAUUUGUGAUUUCCUUGUUCUCUUUGGAGGAAUCAAUGACAACGGGAGCCGUCAAAACGAUACAUGGGUGGGACAACUGACAUGCCAUGAGACCUUGGGCAUUUCAUUAUCAUGGAGGCUGCUUGAUGUGGGAUCCGUUGCACCACCUGCCCGUGGGGCCCAUGCUGCAUGUUCUAUUGAUAAUAGGUUGAUGCUUAUCCACGGAGGGAUAGGGCUGAAUGGCCAGAGAUUGGGUGACACAUGGGUUCUAGAACUCAAAGAAAAUUUGUGCUCUGGAAAAUGGCGUGAAAUUUUGACAAAUCCAUCACCCGCAGCUCGUUCAGGACACUCAUUGACUUGCAUUGAGGGCACCAGGAUAGUUUUAUUUGGAGGAAGAGGAUUGGGUUAUGAGGUGCUGAAUGAUGUUUGGGUCUUAGAUAUUUCUGAAAGCUAUCUGAAUUGGGUACAAAUACUAUACGAACUACCAAAUAUACCUGGGGGAGUUUCCCUCCCACGAGUUGGUCACUCAGCUACACUGAUUUUGGGAGGCCGAGUGCUGAUAUAUGGAGGGGAAGAUUCACAAAGACACAAGAGAGAUGAUUUUUGGGUGUUAGACAUUAGUGCAAUCCCUUCCAUUACUAUGCAGCAGCCAUCCACGCUGAACUCUGCGAGACUAUUGGCAAAAAUGUGGAGAAGGUUGAAGGCAACCGGUCAUAAACCUAACCGUCGGUCAUUUCAUCGUGCCUGCGCAGAUCAUUCUGGGCGUUAUUUGUAUGUUUUUGGUGGAAUGGUGGAUGGCUUAGUUCAGCCUGCUGAAUUAACGGGACUGGGGUUUGAUGGGGAGCUUUUUCUUGUGGAGCUUUUGCUUCAGCUGUAAAACGGAUAUAUAGAAGUUCAGGUGUGCCGAGUCUUGUAUAUAGUAGCUUCCUUGUUCACUAGCUGCUACUGUCUGUAUCUUUUAUGAGUUGAUAUUAUCAGAAUAUGUUGAAUGAAGCAUUGUUGUAGAGAGUUAAGGAUAUGGUGGAAGAACCAAUUCAUUGUGGCCUUCUACUAAUGAUCUUUAGUUUGAUUUAAUCGUACACUUUUCAAUUCA